AUGGCUGACGGUGGCUCUCUUCAUAAUGUGCCGCUUGUAUUAGACAAUGGCAGUGGUAACAUACGAGCUGGCUUCGCAGGUGCAGAUCAGCCUCAAGUCUAUUUUCCCGCAUACGUCGGUCGACCUAAACAUGUGAGAGCCCUUGCUGGAGCACUAGAAGGCGACACCUUUAUUGGUUCACGAGCACAAGAGCUGAGGGGUUUACUGAAGAUACGAUAUCCUUUAGAACAUGGAAUUGUUACAGAUUGGGAUGACAUGGAAAGAAUAUGGUCCUACGUUUACGAACACGAAUUGAGGACCCUACCUGAAGAGCAUCCUGUCCUCCUUACCGAACCGCCCCUGAAUCCUCGAGCCAACCGCGAUACCGCUGCCCAAAUCCUGUUCGAGACCUUCAACGUUCCAGCUGUAUUUAUGUCCAUCCAAGCUGUGUUGAGCUUGUACGCCAGCGGACGAACAACAGGAGUCGUCCUGGAUUGUGGUGAUGGUGUUAGUCAUGCUGUGCCUGUCUACGAGGGUUUUGCAAUCCCGAGUAGCAUUCGCAGAAUCGAUGUAGCUGGUCGUGAUGUAACAGAGAACAUGCAACUGCAGUUGAGGAAGGCUGGCCAUGUGUUCCAUACAAGUGCAGAAAAGGAAAUUGUUCGCAUCAUGAAAGAGAAGACAGCCUAUGUUGCUCUAGAUCCACGCAAGGAAGAGAGAGACCUCGAACAAGGAACGUGGAAGGUUGAGAAGAAGGACAUUGAAUAUGUGCUACCUGAUGGACAUCGCAUCAAGCUAGGUCCUGAACGUUUCAGAGCUUCUGAAAUCUUGUUCGAGCCCGAAUUGGUUGGUCUCGAAUAUCAAGGUGUACAUCAGAUGGUCGUGGAUGCCAUCACAAGAACUGACCUAGACCUUCGCAAGAAUCUGUAUGGCAGCAUUGUCCUCAGUGGGGGUACCACUCUGACCAAGGGCUUUGGUGACCGCCUGCUUCACGAGAUUCAGAGACUUGCGGUCAAAGACAUGAAAAUAAAGAUAUUUGCUCCUCCAGAACGGAAGUACAGCACUUGGAUUGGUGGAAGCAUUCUGGCUGGGUUAAGCACUUUUCGAAGAAUGUGGGUUAGCGUCAGUGACUGGCAUGAAAACCCGGACAUACUCCACACGAAAUUCACCUGA